AUGCCCCCCAAGAAGAAGCAGCAAGUGACGGAGUCCCAGGAUGGCGCCUCAACAUCGUCGGGAAGUGGGACGAAUAAGCGGACGCCCAAGGAAGCCAAGGAGCUGAAGGAGCUGAAGGCCGCCAAAGAGCCUUCUCAAGCGAAGGCUGUCAAGGCCGAGGUCGAGGUCGAGGUGGUGGGUCGGAUUUUGGAGCUCUCGCAAAAGCCGAGCACGGCAGUAGUGGGCGCGAGGAAGACCGGGUCGAGCCAGACGGACGCAAAACUGGAGUCGGACUCCGUGCAGCAGGCGCAGGCCGACAACGCGUUCCUCGGGUUCGGGCAGGUCGACUUCUGCAGCGAGGAGAAGAUGCUGUGGACGUCGGGGUCGACGAACAACCGUGCGCUGAACGCGGUCCACGUCGGCAACAUCGCCGAGAACCUCGUGCUCGAGGGAGUCCUGGAUGACGACCCCACGCGCAUGUUGAUCUUCGAGAUAUACCCGGAGCAUCUCGACAAGGAGACCGUGUUGGCAAAGACGGCAGACGACCCAGCGAGCUUUCCGCUCGUCAAGUUGAGCGAGCAGGGCAAGAACUUCUCGCACCUGUUGCUGGCGGGAAACCAUCGUCUGCACGCGCUGCUGGAGCGGCAGAAGAAGGAUGCGGCAAUCCUCAAGGCGCAGCUCCGUCGGCUAAAGGAGCUCGAGAUUUCGGUCGGUCUGACGGAAAAAGGCCAGGUGACGCUGCCACAACUCCCGGACCAUGAGAAGAUUACAGAAAUGAAGCGAGAUAUCGCGGCCACGGAGGACCGGAUCGAGCACAUGCGGUUCUGGCGGUGCAAGUUUUAUCACUCUGGCAGGCUCACGGAUCUGGCGCGUCGUCACCUCGCGCGGAACAUCACGCAGCACAUCCGCGUUCAGACGGGGUGGGAGGCGUUCAACGCGAACAUUGCGGUACUGCGGGAUGCGGUCAUGUCAGGGGCGGUGACGGAGGAGCCCGGAUCGGGCAAGUUGUGGGAGGAGCAGCUCAAGAAGCUCCCGAACAAGCUCGACCACAACAACCAGUACGGGUCGUUGAUUCGUGGUCGGUUUUCUGCGAAGUUCUGCCUGGAGCUUGCGCUCUGGCCUUACCUGCAAAACGACGACAACCUGAACCCAAAGGAGCUGAAGAAGUUCUUCAAGGCAGCGUCAGAGACGAGUGGGGUGCUGCCGAACGGACAGUUUGUGCUGGAGCUGCUGUACCGGUCGACGUCGCAGCUCAGCUUCUUGGCGUCCCCGUCGAACCUGACGGCCGGGAGUAGCGCGCACAUCGUGGCGAUGGAGUACGUGGACACGUUCGCAGCGUUCCGGAAGGCGACGGAGGAGGUGCAGGCAAUGCGCAACGGCGGCGAGGAGCAGCCGUACCGUAAGAUCGAGGUGCACCAGACGCUCCACGCUGCGCGCGAGAAGUGGGUGAAGUUGUCGAACACGAGUGCGGUUGGGGUGAAGACGCCUCAGCGAUGCGUGUUCCCGAACGAGCUGUUCGAGGAGAUCGACGAUGUCUUCAUUUCGACGCUGCACCCGUUCAUCCUGGCGCGAGAGGCGAUGGGGUCGAUGCAGAGCUCCGGAUGGCGUGAAGGGUUGAAGAACUACUGGCGGGGAGUGACAAGAGUGGGGAAGAAGCACUGGCGCCGCGCGUUGGACCGUGCGGUGAUGGAGGCGGAGGCGGAAAUCGAGGAGGAGACGACGAAGAAGAAGGCGAAGGGUAAGCUGGGGUACACGGACAUGGCGACUGAGGCAACGCGUGCGACGCUCGCGGUCGCGGCGCUGAAGGGGGUGCGGGAGAAGAUUGACAUGCUUUACUACAUGCAGAUGGCGGGGGCGGAGCUGGCGUUGCCGCUGCCGACAAAGACGUUCAUGACGGACCUCUUCAAGUUCGCGGGGAAGAUUGAGCAGAGCACGAGUCUGCUGGCGCGCACCAUCAAUCCCGCUCUCGACUACCUCAUGUUCAGGACGGGCGAGAACAGCCACGACCACUUUGGCGAAAUCCGUCACUGGGCCACCAACUGUGGGGACCACGAGAGUUGCGAGUGCGUGUGGCAGCUGUUCCUGGUCUGGUUCCUCGACCACGGGGAGGGCUUUUGCGCGCUGGAGGUUAUGUGCAAGGCGGGCGACAUCGAGCUCCUCCGCUACAUGUCUCGCUCAUCCCUCAAGACGCUGAGCGAAGUCGGCUUGGCUCUCCUCGCCGACCAAGGCAUCAACGAGUCCCACGCGCCGCUUCAAACCGUGCUGGACCGCAACGACAACUUCCGUCAGACGGUCCGCAAUCUGCAUGCAGCCACCAACACCGCCAUCCACGUCGACGCGUCGAGCGGGUACGGAAAGGGCAAGAAGAAGGAAAUCGCGAGGCCGACGCUCGAUAAAGUCGACGAGCUUGUCAGGCGCAUCGUCGCGGACCUCAGCAUCAGCGACCUGCCCCCCAGCCUCAUCAAACUGCUCCCUCCGCUCUGCACGACGCCCAAGUGGCGGCACAAGUGGACCCGUCCCUCCCAGAACGACAAGCAGACGAUGCCGAUGGGCAUCGCGAUGCAGAUGGCGCUGUCCUGGGAGGCCAUCAAGCGCUUCGUCGUGCUGCCCUUCUACUCCCCCCUCGGCAAGGAAGUCUUCUCGAGCUUCGCUCGGUUCUGGGCGACACAUUCCACUGCUCGCCACCCUCCCAACCACUUCGUGGUGCCAGGGAAGGUCUUGCAGAGGUGGUCGUGGUUCGCGUUCGAGUGGGAGGACGGUCUGUCGGUACAGGAGCGGACGACGCCGGAGCUUCAGGACAUCGUCAGGGUGCUCGGCGAGUCGGCGGAGGCCUACAAGAUCAACCCAUUGCUGGCGUACUUCCGUGGGGCCCUCGUGAGGCAGCAUAAUCUGGCCGAGGGCUUCAAAGCGAUUCGCGAGCUUACAAAGUGCAUCGCCUUCCACAAGGACGUCUUUCUGCAAAAGGAUGAGAAGAACGGGUUUGUGAUGAAGGCGUUGCAUCUGGGGGAGGUCGAAGAGCAGACGGUCGCGCCGAUCAUUGACUGGUUGCAACAGGCCAUGAUUUGGAACGUCAACCGGCAGAGCGUCCGCCAGUCAGACUACACUUCCUUCUGGGUGUCGCCGAAGGACCGCCCAUACGAGUACGUUGCGCCGGCGAUCCUCGCAUACCCGAAGGCGGCGGACAUCUUCGCGUUCUCCAGCCUCGCAGACUACUCGACGAGGUUCAACCGCGAAUUCUGCGAAGAAAGCGAUCGUCGAAAAAUCAAGGUCGAGGAAUACGUUGAGGGUAAGCUCAGAGAUUUUGACAUUGAGGCGCAUCAAAAGGCUCUCGACAGCGAGAAAGCCGCUCUCGUCCUUGCAGCCAUGAAUUCGGGGACGUCGUCUGGGGUAGAACGAGAGGAGGCCGUGCCACAGUUCGCGAGGCAGGACGAGGACGUGACAAUGGAGGACGGGUCGGAGGACGCGAUGAAGGCCCGCGGAGCCGAGGACGGGGGACGUGCUGCUGCGGAGGCCAAGUUCCGUAAGGAAGCCGGGGCCAAGUUCAAGUACCCGCAGGACCUUCUCGGUAUCGGUAUGGACAGUGAACACUUGUCGUACGCGGCCUUCCCUGCUGCCAAGAAGGAGGUGAAGAAGAAGGACAAAGCGGCGCACGAGGAGAAGAUGUCGAAGCAGCGGUCGCCGAGUCGCCGAGUGCUUCCGUAUUUUGGUGGCGCUCCUGACUUCGACACUCACCUCAACGAGCUGCGGGCCAUUUUUGUGGCGCACAACGAUGACGGCGAAAAUGAGCAGGAGCAGGAACAGGAAAACCUGGCUGCCGCUAUCACCCGUGCCGAUGAGGACUCGUCCUCCGAGGACGGCGCGAAGUCGACCCUUGACGACGAAACAGAGGAGGUCACCCCGAAGAGCAGAAAGACUCGCGAUGCCUCCGGCAAACGCCUUGCCGACCAGGUCGAGCGACGGUUCCCCCAAGCGGCCUCAGAAGAAGAAGGCUCGGCCCAGCAACGACGGCAGUCACGACGGAAGUGA